ACGCCCCGGCCGGGCGGGGGCGCCACCCGCGGCGCCGCGGCGCGGAGCGACGAUAAAAGCAGCUCGGGGCUGGACGGAAGCAGGAGCGACCGACGACCACACCGGCACGAUGGCUCACAGGCUGCUCUCGCGUAGAAUCUGGAGGAUAUCUGUGAAGGAUAUCCGCUGCCUCCCGUCCUCCGCCGUCACCUCCUCCUCCUUUUCCACCUCCCUGCAGCCCACCAGGAACCGGGUCACCUUGCUCUCCCCAUCACGCACGCUGCCCCGCGCUCUUCCUCACACGCCCCGCCGGCAGGUCUCCUUCAACGUCCAGGACAGCGAGGACUUCACAGAGAGGGUCAUCAACAGCGAGCUGCCCGUGUUAAUCGACUUCCAUGCACAGUGGUGCGGUCCGUGUAAGAUCCUCGGGCCGAGGUUGGAGAAGGCGAUUGCAAAACAGAAGGGUCGGGUUGCCAUGGCAAAAGUGGACAUCGACGAUCACACAGAUUUGGCUAUCGAAUAUGGGGUGUCUGCUGUUCCCACGGUCAUCGCCAUGCGCGGGGGAGACGUCGUCGACCACUUUGUGGGGAUCAAAGAUGAUGAUGAACUGGACUCAUUUGUCAGCAAAAUCAUUGGACAAUAAACCACUGCUUUCAUCCAGCCAUAAACCGCCAUUAUGGCGCUGAUGUCUGUGAUUCUGGCGCACCCGGCCGCUGCCGGGCCGACAUUUUGAGCCUGUUUAGCAACCACCAAUAAAAAAAAAAAGGUUUGGCACAGUCUCAAAUGCUCACACCCAUCCCCAGAGAGGCUGCUUCUGCUGUUCGUUCCUUCUUUCUCUUUCUUUCUUCCUUUCUUUUUCUUUCUUGUUCCCCUUUUGUUUAGUGAUGGGUGUGAGCCUCCAUAAACCAUUCAGUUCACUAUGAUCUGAACAGCCGCUCCAUUUUUCUCUCAUAAUGUGACAUCUCUGUAAAUCUUUGCUAUUGUACAAAGCUGCAAGAUGGUGUGAAGCAGUUGGCUGUAAUAGAAAUGGGGGUGGGGGGGUAAACGCUGUACUGUAUAUCAUGAGGGAUGAACAGUUCUAGUUUAACCAGUGCAGAGGAUUUGAUUAACCUGGCUUUGGUUUGUGACAGUGUUACUUGUAAUUCCGGCUUUUGUCCACACGGGGGCAGCAUUUCUCCAUCGUCGCAGAGCCACACGUGGUCGUUUUACACCGUUAUGCCUAAUCUGAGGAAGGAAGAUGUUUGCCAGCGUGUCUGUGUGAAUCUGUGUGCUUCUCUGGGUUCUUACUGUGAAGCUGAAGUCAAGCGGGAAUUGCAAACAUGAGUUUGAUUUAGUUUUAUUACAGAAAUGAACUAUAUGUUCCAGAAACAUGACCAAGUGAAGUAAUAAAAGAAUCAAGAUGUUCUGUA